UAACGCAAGAAGGAUGGGAAAACUGACGAAGGACGUGAAACAACUGAUCUACAUGAAGAAGGGAAUUGAGGACCAGCUUCAACUGAUCGAUCACCUGCAGCAGCUUGGGGUGUCGUAUCACUUUAAGGAGGAUAUUAAGGAUGCUUUAUGGAAAAUAUACCGUUCCAUGGAAGAGGUGAACAUGUUGCUGAAGGAUAAUCUUCAUGCCACGGCUCUUAUGUUCAGGCUUCUCAGAGAACAUGGGUUUGCUGUUUCUGAAGGUGUCUUCAACCGAUUUAUAGUUGAGAAGGGCAACUUGAAAGCCAGCCUUCGCCACCAGACUGAAGGAUUGGUGAGCUUGUACGAGGCUUCCCAUCUUGCACAGGAAGGAGAGCACAUGCUGGAAGAAGCUAUAAACUUUACGACUAAACAGCUCAAGAGCCUCACGGAGGGAUCACUUGAGCCUCAUCUCAGGGAGCACGUAGCCCAUGCCUUGGAGCUUCCAUUGAACUGGAGGAUGCCGAGGUUGCAGACCAGGUGGUUCAUAGAAGCAUCCCAAAGGGAAGCGAAGAUGAACCCUGUCCUGCUUGAAUUGGCUAAGUUGGACUUCAACAGGGUUCAGAGCAUACAUCAGAGGGAACUCAGAGAAGUGUCGAGAUGGUGGAGCAAUCUUGGCCUGGCGCAGAGGCUUCCAUUUUCGAGGGACAGGUUGAUGGAGAACUAAUUCUGGACGGUUGGCUGGGCUUUUGAGCCACAGUUUGCAAGAUGCAGGGAGGUGCAGACAAAGGCAAACUGCCUGAUAACAACAAUAGAUGAUGUGUAUGAUGUUUACGGCACCAUGGAUGAGCUCGAGCUUUUCACGGAUGCCGUCGAUAGAUGGGACGUUAAUGCAACGGGCAAACUUCCGGAGUACAUGAAGAUAUGUUUU